UCGACCUGUGAAAAACUUUCGAGGAAAAAUCUCAAGCGGAAAAGCGCAUCAAGUGAAACACCGUAUCCUGUUUUUUGACGUAACCUUUGCCUACGAGUCCUGCCAUGGCCAUUCCCUUCUACGAGAACGAACACGCGUCGGCGGCGUCGGCGACCGCGCCUAGUGACAUAACUGCCACUGCCACCGCUGGCGACCAAGUGGAUGGACCGCCGCCUCUCGGUACGCCCGGAUUCGACCAGGUGGACUACGACGGACCUCCGCCGGCGGCGGCUGCAGCGCCAUCGUCAGCGGCAACAAGUGAACCGCCACCCAGCGCCGAGGAGCAACUGUUGGCCUGGAAAAUGCUGGCCCUGACCAUGUGCAAGGUCCUCAAGCAGUUCUGCCAGCAGCACAAGCAGACCAACGGGAAACCCAGCCAGAUGACGGCCACCGUCCAGAUUCAGCCACAGAGCCAGUAAGACCCACUAAGUCCCCCCUCCCCCCAAAAGCAGAAUCAAAGCCCGGUACGACCCGUACCCGUAGCUCUGAAGCGGCUCCUAAAAGCGCAACUUGUGAUUACUUUACUGUUGGAACACGUGAGAACUAGCCAAGCCCCCCCCAGCCCAGCCCACCCCAACCCUGGGACAGAAGGAGACGGGAGAGAGAAAGAGAUUUAGGAGUGAAAUGUGAAUCAAUUUCCCAAGGAAAAGAAACCCCAGAAAGUAAUUUUUAUACACGUAUUUUCUUUGAUGGAGAAUUGAUUUCGAAAUUGUCGUCGCACUUUUUGGAUAAGCGCAAAUGUGAUAAAUAGUUUUGCUAAAAAUAUUUCCAGUCCCCCCCCUAUUUGGUAAAAUUAUUUAAGUUUAGUUUUAAUCCUAAGUUAAGUUCUCCCAGAUGGUCCCGCGAGAACCCAAGAUGAUACCCGCAAAUGAUGAUCUGGAAGCGGCAGCUAGUUUUCAGAGAGAAACCAACUUAGUGGAUAAGCCAAAAAGAAACUCUUCGAAUAUGCAAUUGCUAUAUAUCCAUCGUAUAUAUAAGUCUCAAUAUCUGUGUGUGUAGGUACAACUUUUUUACAAACAACUCUCUUGGUGUCUAUUUAUGAGAUACAUAUCCAUAUGUAUGUGUAUCUCAGAGUUUCAACUUCCUAGGUAGAUUGCUUCUUCGACUUAGCAAAUAGUUAUGAAACCUAUACAAUAUAUGAAUAUAUUUUUGAUAUUUUUAUAUUUGCUUUGCCAUCGAUAAGUUUACGCUGUGCGUUUGUGUCAAUUUAGUUUCUAGUUUCCCCACUACUCAUAAGCAAUACUGUGGACUUCACUAAACACUAAGAUCAACGGAGCAGAAGUAGGAGAAGGAGAAGUAAGGACGACAGACACACUUUCGUGUCAGGAGGAGCAUACACAUAGUACAAGUUCAAAAGUAGAAAUAUUUACAACAUCCAUAAAACAAACAACAAACUAACCACACAAAAUAAAUAUUAGCUAUUAAGAAAUUUAAAUCUAAGUUAAGUAAACCAAACAAAAUAAUA